AUGCUAAGCUGUAAUCGUAGUCAAUUAUUAAAACAUUUCCAAGGACGUAGAAAUGUUUUUGCUAAUAAUCAUCAGACAAAAUCACUGGAGGGUAAAACGAGUGAGCUGGAAUACAAGAUUACAAAUACCUGGGACAGCAUAAAGGUGAUGCAUGAGCCAGUGAUCAUCAGAUUUAAGGCAGGUGACCAAGGAUUAAUAAUGGAAGUGAAUUCUCUGUUCUUUGAUGACCCUUCUGCCCCAUCAGGUGAGCCAGGAAAGCCUUUCGAUGGACUCUGGGAUUACGAAGUUGUUGAAUCCUUUUUUCUGAAUAGUGAGACUAAAGACUAUCUUGAAGUAGAACUUUGCCCGCAUGGACAACAUCUUGUAUUAUUGCUCUCUGGAGGAAACUGUUUUGAAAAAGGACUUGACUUGAUAUUUAAAGCAGACAUAAACUGGAACAAAUGGAAUGGCACAGCACUUAUUCCUUGGAGGUAUUUCCCACCUGGUGUUGACAAGAUGAAUUCAUAUGCCAUCCAUGGGUCUGGGAUUGGAAGAACAUAUGAGGCACUGUAUCCAAUACCUAGAGAGGAUAUUGAACAGGGACAGGGGCCUAAUUUCCAUCGUCUGGAGUAUUUCAAAAGGUUCAGUCUAAAGUGGAUUAUGGGAGAGAACUGGGAGCAACCUGCAUCAGACCUGUGGAAAUAGCUUAAUCAGUGUCUACAAUCAAGUAACUCUUUAAAUCACAAACACAGUUAUUAAAAAACAAAACAAACUCCAGCAAAAAACAGCCCCCCCUCCAACUACUUAAAAGUCUGUUUUCAAAUUGAUGGAACUAAGUUGUAUUCUGUCACGGCUUCAAAUUGAUGUGGCAAUUAAAAUAAAUAAUU